AUGGAUGAUUACGUAAAAAUAGAGAAGAUUGGGGAAGGUACCUAUGGUGUUGUGUAUAAAGGUCGGCACAAAACCACAGGCCAAGUGGUUGCAAUGAAGAAAAUACGUCUAGAAAGUGAGGAGGAAGGUGUUCCAAGUACUGCUAUCCGAGAAAUUUCUUUAUUAAAAGAGCUGCAUCAUCCCAAUGUAGUCUGUCUUCAGGACGUUCUUAUGCAGGAUUCAAGACUGUACCUCAUCUUUGAAUUCCUUUCCAUGGAUCUCAAGAAAUACUUGGAUAUUAUUCCAUCUGGCCAGUAUUUGGAUCGUUCCCGUGUUAAGAGUUAUUUGUAUCAAAUCUUGCAAGGUAUUGUCUUCUGCCAUUCAAGAAGGGUUCUGCACAGAGAUUUAAAACCUCAGAAUCUCUUAAUAGAUGACAAGGGAGUGAUUAAACUGGCGGAUUUUGGAUUGGCUCGAGCCUUUGGAAUUCCAGUGCGGGUGUACACUCAUGAAGUAGUGACACUGUGGUACAGAUCUCCAGAGGUAUUGCUAGGAUCUGCUCGUUACUCUACUCCUGUAGAUAUAUGGAGCAUAGGUACCAUAUUCGCUGAGCUGGCAACUAAAAAGCCACUUUUCCAUGGGGACUCAGAAAUUGACCAGCUCUUCAGAAUCUUCAGAGCUCUAGGGACCCCCAACAACGAUGUAUGGCCUGAAGUGGAAUCUCUACAGGACUAUAAAAACACAUUCCCAAAAUGGAAACCUGGCAGCCUUGCAACACAAGUCAAAAACUUAGAUGAAGAUGGACUUGAUCUGCUGUCUAAAAUGCUGAUUUAUGAUCCUGCAAAAAGAAUUUCUGGCAAAAUGGCUUUGAACCAUCCAUAUUUUGAUGACUUGGACAAAUCCACUCUUCCUGCUAAUCUGAUUAAGAAAUAA